UGCCACCGGCGGCAAAAAAGGGGACACACACAGCACUGAGGAGGAACUGAGAAUGAAUGACCGCAUUCAAACAAAGUGGCCAUGAGUUUCUGUUGGGAAAGCAUCAAGAUCUGCGGCAAACUGUGCAGGAUUGCCUUCAUCUCCAAAAUCCGGGUUGCAGCCGCAACUGUCUGAUUGAUGAGUGGAGUCCUGCUCAAACCCUGGGUAGAUGAAACAUCAUUUUUCAAGUGGGGAAACUGCACAAACUGUGAGAAAAAUCAUCAAUGAGAAUCACCUGUCAUUGAAAGUGGGAGGACACUUGACACUAUGGGAGAGUGCAAAGAACAGAGAGUGAUUGGCAGGAGGAGGAGAGUCUGACGGAGGAGCAGAGGAAUGUUGGCAGCCAUUUAGUCUGAGCUCAACAACGGAGGAAACAUGGAUUCUUCACAAAAAAAAUGUAAACACAGCAAUGGAAUGCGAUGUGGGACUUCUGAGGUGGAUAAGGAUGGUUCGGCAACAACAGCAAAAAGAGAUAAAUCACUCAGUUGUGAGCAAUGUGGCAAGACUUUUAUCACAGCAACAAAGCUAAGAAUUCACAAACGUAUUCACACUGUGGAGAAACCAUUCAGGUGUGAUCAGUGUGGAAAGGCUUUUACUAAGAAGAGUGAUUUAAAAAGACAUCAACUCGUUCACAGUGGAGUUAAACCAUUCAGCUGUGAUCAGUGUGGAAAGGCUUUUACUGACAGGAGUAAUCUAGCAAAACAUCAACUCAUUCACAGUGGAGUUAAACCAUUCAGCUGUGAUCAGUGUGGACAGGGUUUUACUCACAAGAAUAAUCUAGCAAAACAUCAACUCAUUCACAGUGGAGUUAAACCAUUCACCUGUGAUCAGUGUGGAAAGGGUUUUACUCGGAGGAGUCACUUAAAAAGACAUCAACUCAUUCACAGUGGAGUUAAACCAUUCAACUGUGAUCAGUGUGGAAAGGCUUUUACUCGCGUGCUCUCUUUGAAAUCCCAUCAACUCAUUCACAGUGGAGAGAAAUUGUUUGACUGUGAUCAGUGUGGAAAGGCUUUUACUCGCGUGCUCUCUUUGAAAUCCCACCAACUCAUUCACAGUGGAGUUAAACCAUUCAGCUGUGAUCAGUGUGGACAGGGUUUUACUCACAAGAGUACAUUAAAAACUCAUCAACUCAUUCACAGUGGAGUUAAACCAUUCAACUGUGAUCAGUGUGGAAAGGCUUUUACUCACGUGCUCUCUUUAAAAUCCCACCAACUCGUUCACAGUGGAGUUAAACCAUUCAGCUGUGAUCAGUGUGGAAAGGCUUUUACUCAGAAGAGUACGUUAAAAAAUCAUCAACUCAUUCACAGUGGAGUUAAACCAUUCAACUGUGAUCAGUGUGUGAAAACAUUUACUCAACAUGAACAGUUGUCGAUCCAUCAAUGCCCCCAUUCUGGUAGAAAGCGGUACCACUGUGACUCCUGUGAAAAAACUUUCAGCUCCCAACAGACCUUAAAAUAUCACCAACGCAUCCACACUGGACAUGAUGUGUGGAUAUGUGAUCACUGUGGCAAACUAUUUGUAAUGUACUCGCAGUUAAAAGCUCAUGAAGUGACCCACACUGGGGUUAAACCAUACAUUUGUGACCAGUGUGGGAAACGCUACAGCUCCACUGCAUACCUCAAAGUUCACCAACGUGUCCACACUGGGGAGAGACCAUACAGAUGUGACAAGUGUAAGAAGACUUUUACAACUUUGGGUUCCCUGAAACAACACCAGCAGAUCCACACCAGAAAGAAAGCAUUCAAUCAGUGUCACAGUGAGCAGAACGGAACAGAUGGACAAAACUCUCAGACUUGUCAGCACUCUGCCAAUGGUGAACAGUGCUGCUUUGACCAGUCUGGACCAACGUCCAACCAACAAGGAACCCUACAACGACACCAGCGUAUGCACACUGGACACAGACUGAACCCCUGCCAAGAAGAUUUCUCCAUGCAGGAUUCAGUAAAAGUUCAUGAAGUCCUCCACAAACUUAAAGUCCUUGAGAUCCGGCUUCACAGAAUUCAGGUCUAAUUUCUUUGUUUAGUGUCUUCGUUGCAAAAUCCAUUAAGAGGAAAGCUGUCAUUAACAGACGUGACUGUAAAUUAAUUAAACCAUUCAAAGUGGUUACUCAGUUAAAUGAAUUAUCAGUGGUAGAGGGAUAGACGUCUGGAUGGAGGCAGUGAGCAGCAGGGCGAAUUUCCUCAAUUACCACCUUAAUGGUUCCUGAGAUCCCUCUGGGCUGCAGGAACCCGUUAGAUGCAGAGCUGGUUCAGUGAUUCUCUGAUGAUUAAUCAUAAUUAAUUGAGGAGAUUACUGGCCUUAGGAUUCCUAUCUAUCUAUCUAUCUGUCUAUCUGUCUAUCUGUCUAUCUGUCUAUCUGUCUAUCUGUCUAUCUGUCUGUCGAUCUGUCGAUCUGUCGAUCUGUCUAUCUGUCUAUCCAAACUUUCUCAGCUACAGCAUCUGCACCUCUGCUUCUGUGUGAAGUAGUCAUUACAGGAGAGAAAGUGGAGAAAAUCUGACAGAUUUUGUCAAGUGGUCCAGAAAAAUCUGACUACCCCUACAACUUCUCUCCUGUAAUGAUAGUAAUAAGUAAUACAUAGUUGAUACUUCACACAGCAGUAGCAGAGGUGCAGAUGUUGUAGCUGAGAAAGUUUGGAGGUUGCCACUUCUUGCAUUCCAAGAAUAGUAGGGGAGUCAGAUUUUGUCAAGUGGCCCAGAAAAAUCUGACUCCAGAUUUUAUUUCAUAUCAUACAAUCUGCACUUUUAACUCAACCUGCAUAUUUCUGUUAAAGUCCUAGUUUUGAAAUGGUCUCUCUGUUCUUAAUCUGCCAUACUGUGAUCAUUUAGCCCCUUAUUUUAUUAUUCUGUUCUUACAGACUGUAAUUUACGAGUUUUUUUUUAAAACUUGUUGUGAUUUGGUGUUUUAGCUGUUGUAGCAAAUAAUUUCCCAGGUGUGGGAUCAAUAAAGAAUUUCAAUUCUAUUAUAUUGUGAACUGGCCCUAUAAAAAUAACAACAAUAAGAAAUUACUUUAUACUUAAGAACGAUACUUAUGUUAAAGACUUUAUACAUAAAUACCAGACAUAUUUUGAUGCCAUAUCUUGCAUUUUUAGGGGAGUCUGAUUUUAAGUAAGGAGAUAUAAAGUUUUCUCAGUGAACAUUUAUUUUAAUGACACGUGUAGAACACUGAUGGAAUGUGAACAAUAUUUGGCGACUCCACCCUGUCCUGUCCUGAUGUCCUCAUAGGAGUGAAGCUGAGCGUAGCGUAGGAUCUCCCCAAUGCCAUUUAGGGUGGGCACAUACGGAUGAGAAGAGGAGGAGAAACAUGUCACCUAAUCAUAUUUAACAGGAAAACAUGUCUGCAGGUCAGCACUUAGUCACAUUUAACCCAAAAACAACAGCAAAAGCAGUAAACGUACAACAGAAAAACCUGUCAAGUGGCCACAGAGUGAAAAGUAAGUCACACGCGUUCACGCGAAGGGGGAGUCAGAUUUUUCCGGGGAGUGUGAAAAUUGCACAACACCUGGGUUAGUCUGUAUCCUUUUUUCUGAUUGGCUGAGACGAGACACGUGACAGUGUGCAUCUAUUAAUGAUCGGAAGCAUUCAGGUCGUUCCGGUUAUACUCGGUAGCGCUCUUCAGUAAAGGAGACGCAGUUUGUUAUUUUCUUUGAUUAUCGCUCGGCAAAUUACAAAAAAGUUGCAAGUUAACCCUUUUUUCACAUUUAUUAGGCAAAAUUAGCUUCGCCACCGUGGCUAAACAUGCUAAAAAUGGCUUUGCCAUCCUGAGGAAGGCUUCGCCUAUGGCGAAGUGGAGAAUGGCUAGCACAAGCACAGAGACACCCUGAAAAUUUGACACAAUCUUAAAUAUUAUGAAAUAUUUGUUGAAAAGUCUUUUUCGUGUGUUUCUAAGGGUGUGGCUGCAUCAGAAAGACACAAAUACAAAUGAUAUUUUUUUUGGUUUGUUGUUUACAAGAAAUAUUUUAUGGAACCAGUCAAUUUUCAGUUUUAAUGUCUUUUAUUAGGAUGUGUUUAGUUUUAUGAUUGUACUAAAAUAAAUGACUCUUGAAGACCUCAAA